AUGAUAUCCACCAUUAUUACCCACAUUAUUAAUCCACUAACCUUUAUUGUUCCAGUAUUACUAGCCGUUGCUUUUUUAACACUACUUGAACGAAAGGUGUUGGGGUAUAUACAACUUCGUAAAGGUCCCAACAUCGUUGGCCCUUACGGCCUUCUUCAACCUAUUGCUGACGGACUAAAGCUAUUCAUUAAAGAACCAAUUCGACCUUCAACAGCCUCCCCCCUCCUGUUCCUUUUGGCUCCUAUCCUGGCUUUAACCCUUGCCCUUGCCCUUUGAGCACCCAUACCAAUCCCCCACCCAGUAGUUGACCUUAACCUAGGUAUCAUAUUUAUUCUUGCCCUAUCCAGCCUGGCAGUCUAUUCUAUUCUUGGCUCAGGCUGGGCCUCCAAUUCUAAGUAUGCCUUAAUCGGAGCCUUACGAGCCGUAGCCCAAACCAUCUCCUAUGAAGUAAGCCUAGGCCUUAUUUUAUUAAACAUCAUUAUCUUUACAGGAGGCUUUACCCUGCAAACUUUUAAUGUGGCUCAGGAAAGCGUAUGACUAAUCAUCCCCGCCUGGCCCCUUGCAGCUAUAUGGUACAUUUCUACCCUAGCUGAAACCAACCGUGCCCCCUUUGAUCUGACUGAAGGUGAAUCCGAACUAGUCUCUGGCUUUAAUGUGGAAUAUGCCGGAGGACCCUUUGCCCUUUUCUUCCUUGCAGAAUAUGCCAAUAUUCUUCUUAUAAACACUUUAUCCGCCACCCUCUUUUUAGGGGCCUACCACAUUCCCUCUUUUCCAGAACUAACUGCUGUUAAUCUUAUAACUAAAGCGGCCUUAUUAUCAGUAGUAUUUCUUUGAGUACGGGCCUCGUACCCUCGGUUCCGAUAUGAUCAACUCAUACACCUUAUCUGAAAGAACUUUUUGCCGCUUACUCUUGCCCUAGUUAUUUGACAUCUUUCCCUCCCCAUUGCCUUUGCUGGUCUUCCACCACAAGUGUAA